CUCGUCAAAAAAUACUAAAUUCAUUCUAUCGCUGAUGUUCAGUUUGCCAGCAUGAAGACCACCAUUGCAGUACUGUUCCUGAUCACCGCCACGGCAUCUGCUGUCGAGUGGAACGAUCUUCGUGUCACGUGGAAAUCACAGUCGGUAGACCCAUGCCACUUGUCGAGCUAUUACCAGAUGCCUCGUACGAAAGUCGAUGCCAUUUCCGAGGGCUGGGUCGAAGUGUCAGGUGUCACUUCCUUGAAUUUGUCCGUGUAUUGCCGGGAAGGUGAUGGUCGCAUCUGUCUCGAAUACGACACUUACGGGAACAUUGCCGCAAUACAGGCGGCGAUACUCUACAGCGACAUCGCAGAUCUGCAAAGUAGACACAAUCUCUCGAUAUACAACCGCUACCAGAGCAAAACGAUAUUCAACGAAAAGUACUUGACGAGUACCGCUUAUUUCAUAUCCCCAGACGAUAUUGCAGCUGGUGGACGAUGCGAAACGGACGGUUUCACCGGUACCGACGGAAUAUGGUUUGAAACAACGGAUGGAAUUACAGAAAUUCCCAGGCGUGUGGCAUAUUUGGGUUUUGCAUGGAGGGAAGGAAACUGCGUUCCAGGAAUGGGCACUCACUAUUUUUACGAUGUGGGCACAUAUUCCGAGUGUAGAUCCAUUCAGCCCUGGACCUUGUUGGCACAGGACGGCCAGCUGAUCGGCUUUGCACUACAGGGAUUCGGAUCAACAACUUACAAAAAUAGAAACUACUAUGAGGACUUUCCAGCGUCCGCUGUCAAGGCCGCAAUCCCGACGGCCCCUAAGUGUGUAAUCGAUUCGUUUACGGAGUACGGUGUAAUUGCAAUGCACAUUUACUUUGUUUCAAAACCAUGGGAAAUCCAAUGUUGAUUGCAACAAUCCAUGAGCAACAAUAAUUCUCGAUGAAUAGAAUUCUAUAAAGAAGCUAAAA